GCUCGGGACAAAUGAUAGACAGCAAGGAAAAGUUUGUGGACCGUAUCCAAUGGUAUCACAGAUGUAUCGUGUCAUCCUCUGCGGCCUUCGGCACAUCUGACCAGCAGGAAGGCGUUUUUUGUUUUUGCCCUGCUGAUGACUGACUAUUUGUAGCGUCGUGAAGCUAGCGGGCAAGCGCGCUGAUGCGAUUCUAUCGAGCGUAAAACAGUGAACAGGACUGCGCUAGCCAGGCCUUGCGCUCGCUGGCAGCUAGCUAGGUGAGCCGAGGGAAAUAAGUCAUUACCAGUGACGCUUCAUUUGCUGCUGGGUGGAUGUCACACGUGGAACGGUUUCUAAACGAAAACCGGCAUCGCCCCAGCGCUUGCAUGCCCUGUGAUUUGGCCGCCGUCUAUUCUAUGAAACGAUCAACGACAGCACGGGUAAUAUCGCCAAGGACACCUUGACGGGACGCUCACUCACUGCGCCACUCGGUACCUGCUUGCGACUGCGAGCAGUUGGCGAAAAGCGCACUGUGCGCUGAGUGAAACCGAAGGAGGUGUGCGCUUGGCCUGCCCGAUGAUGGUGCGCGCGUGUUGACAGAUAGGCAUGGCAGAAUGAACUCUAUCUUGUGUGCACGGUGAGCUGGAGCUAGCAGGCAGCUGGCUGGAGGAGGAAUUGUUUCGCCAUAUCGGUGCGAGCGAGCGAGUAGACCAGUGUUGUUUCUCUUGCCAUUGGCUGCUUGCUCUCAACGGCGUGCGUCAACAUGGCUUUCUCGCUGGACGUGAACGUGGAGGAGAAGGCCAGGCUGACUGGCCACCGAUGGCAGCUCAGCGAUCUGGAGUUCAACGUGGAUGGUACAAUGCUGGCAUCAGCCAGCUGGGACAAGGAGGUUCGCGUGUGGGAUCUGUUCACACUGGACACUGUGUGUACGCUGAAGGACCAGCAUGCAGUACCAAUCACGACCCUCAGCUGGUUUCCUCCAGAUGGGUCGCUGAUAGCUACUGGCAGUGCUGACUGCACGGCGUGUCUGUGGAGCGUGGAGUCCGCAGAGAUGCUGGUCUGCCUCAAGGAGCACUUCGGCUGGGUGAUGGACUCGAGUUUCUCCGCAAACGGCUCCGCGCUGGCCACAGCGUCGUGGGACAAGACCAUACGCGUGUGGGACCCGGCCACGGGCAGUCUGCUGACGACGCUGAAUGGACACACGAAGGGCGUGUACUCGUGUCACUUCCAUCCGGCGGCCACGAGUAACGUGGUGUGCUCGGCCAGUGAGGACGAGACAGUGCGGAUAUGGGACACACGAAUGCAAGGGAACAAGCCGAUGCGUACGCUGAUUGGAGGUCACGACGACGCUGUAUGCUGCUGCAGAUGGUCUCCGGAUGGCAAGACGAUUGCUAGUGGUGGUGCCGAUCACAGGGUAACUGUUUGGGAUUCUCGGGAAGGCAAGGUGAUAUCGCAGCUGCGCGAGCACUCUGACGCCAUAAAGGCACUGGCGUUUCAUCCUAGCACAGGUCCCUGGGAAGGAAAGACAAUGCUAGCCAGUGCAGGAGAUACCGCUUGUUGUUUCUGGGAUCCGGCUGAGAUGGCGGAGCGAGACCUACUAUUCCGACACGCCGUUCACGGCACGAAGGACGUGGAAGCACUGGCGUUCACUCCGGACGGUACUGUCAUGGCGACGGGAGGCAGAGACAAUGAGGUUGUCCUGAGCUUCCUAUCUCUACCGGGUGACACGAGUGGCGAUGGUCAGCUGGCAUGGGUGAAGCGCCAGACCGAGGAGAGGGCACGUCUGCAGGCAAUCGAGGAUGAGGAGCGGCGCACCGAAGAGCUGGAACGACAGCGCGAGCACUCACUGCCGUACGCCGAGGGCGCCGAGGAUUCUGGCGAAGAGUCGUCGGACGAAGACGAGGAGGAUGACGAAGAGGAUGAAUACGAAAGCGGGGACGAGCGUCGUAAUCGCAGAUGGGGCGGCGGCGCUGGUGAACUACCCGAGGAGGCGCAACGCCGACAGUUAAGGAAACCGCCAGUCAGUCGCAGGUCCAGUGCCAUGGUGCUUAGCAACCUAAGACGGCACAGUAUCUAUGGGGACAGCGGUGGAAUGACCUCGCCCAGGGUGCUGCGCUCCACACUGUCCGUUGGCUUGGGAACGGACAAGGAUUCGGCCUACGCAAUGCGGCAAAACCGCCUGCUCCGGCGUGCCGUUGAGAUCCGCUCGAGUGUCAAGUACCUUGGAGACGCGGUGACUGAGCAUGGCAAUGAGAACUGCAGUGAGGACGAGGACACACUAGACGCACACGACCAAGCCGUAUCAGGCGAUGAAAAUGAGUUUGCCGACGAUGCCGCACGAAGCGCCCUCUACUCCAGAACGGGAUCAACAGUACGCUUUGAGGCAGUUGCGAUUCUGGCCGACGAAACGGACGGUGAUUCGUAUGAAAAGACAAAGACCAUGACCCUGGGAAAGUUACCAGACGAGACGCCACGCUUGGCUAUUUCUAUGCCGGCAUCGCGAUCCAACAGCAUACACAACUUCUUCUCUGAACCCGACCCUCUGCCGGACCGACCACAGUCAGGCGUGCUCAAUGAGGCUGAAGUCUUACAGGAGUUGGAUCUUGCUUUGGCAGAUGAGGAAGAUGAUGAGGACGAAGACGACAUUGACCAAGUGUAUGGAGAGCCCGUACUGCAGUAUGUAGCCGAGCCUAUACGCCCACCGGUGGAGUAUCUGGAGCGCCAGAAAUUGGUCUUCGCGUCCGAAAGCUACGCUACCGCACCGCAGCCACCAUCUGCUGCUGCUGAUCUGGGCGUUCCUAACGACGGCAAGCCACCACCCACACACCGCCGGCCGACGUACACACUAACAAAAGUAAACCCAUCACCGCGGACCACCAAGAAACCGCCUCCAAUCAAAGUGCCCGGAGUGUCCAGUGAUAGUGAAGACUAUGAGCCGAUGUCGGACGAUGAGAAGGAAGGUUAUGAGGAUAUUGAGGAUGAGAUGGGGCAACCUAGACGACCCGGUGCUCCCUCCAGCAAGAACAUGACUACGCACGAUUCCGGGAUAGCCAGCAACAGAGCAAGCGUGAAUUCGCACAGCUCCCGUUCGUCGGAAGCAAGCAACCGACAGUUGAGUGCAUCAGCUGACUCCUCCAUGCUCAAAGGUGUGCUGGCUAUUGGAGCAGCCGUAUCCGGUGCAUCGGGUGUGGACGUCAGCAAAGGAUCUCCGGGUCCGUCACGAAAGCCGUCAGUGAAGUCACAAGGAGGUGGAAUAAGUCCUGGAUUGGCUCAUCGACGCCUGCCGCAACCUCCUCCGCCAGGAGCAUCAUCAUCCGUAUCACCUCCCAGUGGUAGUGUAUCACCCCAUGCGUUAACAACACCUCCACUAUCGUCUGCCACGUCAUCAGCUCCUUCAUCGCCGACACCUCCGCAUCCAGCCAAUGUGAAAAGCAGACCGGCAAGUGGGGAAUAUGGCUCCCCGCUCGUCAGCAAGAAACCUCUAGUGGCAGCUCGCCCCACCAUAUCGUCCCGUGCCCCCGCCAAGAUCCCCGGAAAGCCAGACAGCGGCAGUAGUAGCACCAGCAGCAGGGAAGGCGGUGGUCCAGCGAGCAAGGCGCCACCGUUCCUCGACAAACUAGUCGAGGAGGAGAAGUACAAAUCACACUCAGCGCCAAACUCGCCGGCAACGUCACUCGCGCGUAACGUCAAGCCGGCGGUGAUGUCCAAAUCGCGCACUCCGCCACCUGCCGCCCGAAGACCGGAUCAUACACUGCCGUUCAUCGACUCGCAGCCCAAGCAACUAGACGGGGAACAGACAGACUACAUGGAUUUUACCCUGCCUCGUGGUGUCACAGGUCCUGGUGGUGGUGGUGGCGGCGGCGCUGCGGCUUUACUUGAGGAAGAAGACGGUGAUCAGGAUGAGUACAUGAUGUUUGAUGAUGCCAACCAGACAUCCGUUAUCUAACCACCCCCGGGGUUCCAGCCGAACUCAGUACGAGGACGCUGCGCAGUGGUGAGUGGUGAUUUCCUGUGAGCAGCUGCUUAUUCUCUACCAUGAUGUGUGUCAUGGACAACCAUAAGGACAAAGUGGUGUGUAGAGCCUACAAGCCAUAUCCAUGACACAUCACCUGUCGGAUAACUAACUGCACACUGUCAUUUCAGGCAGAGAUUUCACCAGCAAUGUACUAUGGUUAUCUGACCACCCAUACACAACACACCCAUGUUGUCCACUUUAAUCCGUGUAUGCAUGUAGUACUAUUGUACAUAUACGCACAAAGCCACCUCUAGCUCUGUGCAGACGAGUGCGGUUUGUGUAUCAGGCUAUGCCAUUCUGCGGCCCUUGUGUGCGCACACGGUUUGCCAUGCUUGAUUUGAUUUGUGCUGCAGUUAUGGGUUUUUUUUACGCACACAACACAAUCCACCCAUAAUAAGAUUCAUCGUUUGUUGCAUGUGUUCUCUGUACGGUGUCUUUUUUUAACUUUAUCAGUGCACCGGGAAAAUAUUCGCGCAGUUGUACUUCAUGAACGAUUCUGCCAGCAGCAGAUGUGUAACUUUCGUUUGACUGCAGAAAAUUCACGUUCACUGGCUAGAACUGUUCCUUGAGAAGCUAAGGUUUAUGGACAACUUCAUAAACAGUUGCGCACAUUUCGAUUUUAUCAUUUCUCCGAUAUUAAAUUUAACCAAAAUAUUUUACUUAUUUUCUUCCUAUUUUCCAUCCCAAUUUUAGCUUGGACUUAUUAUAAGCUAUAGAAAACAGAUUAUCUUUAUGCUAGAGACCUAAUGCUUUAUUUUAUUUCUAUUUUAUAGAGAAAUAUUGUGCUCACGGAUAACCAGAGUUGAGGGAUAUCUUCUUCCUUGGAAUUAUAUCCUGGACUUUGAUGGCUGCUGAAAUCGCAGUUUUCAUUUACUACAAGUGCAUGAGAUAGUAUGCCGUUGUCUUCAUCUCACACGCCGAUAGCUGUGGUUCUAUGUCUUUUCCAGUUUUCUACUUGUACUUAAUCCUUUUUCCAGCUUUUGGCACAAUGAGGUUACCGGUACGCGGUUACGUCAGGA